GAUAUUCAUUCAAGUUUUUGGCGCUGUUGCUUGAUUGGUUGGCUUUGUGGUUUUGUUCCACAGUUGAGACGUUGAGAUAAACUGUGAUGCUGACAGCUUCCAUUUGAACGGUACUUAUCCCUGCGUUCCUGUUACCUGCAUUCGCGUCUUAUUCAGCGUCCAAGCUCUCACUUGGCAGCGGCAAUGGAAGCCGAGUCGUGCUUCGUCGCUUUGAAAGAGACGGCCGUCCGUCUCGACCUGGAGAUCGACAACGCCCGAAACCGGCUAAGAAACCCCCGAUUCAACUCGUCGCUGGAGCUUGCCAAGUUCAUGGACAAAAUUCAGGUGUUGGAGAAAGACCUACUGGCAAAGAAAACCCACCUGGAAAAUAUAACUCAACAGCAGGCAGCAGCGUAUAACCAUUACCGGAAGGAGUUUGAAGAUUUGCAGUUGAGCCUAAAAGAAGCCAUCCUGAAGAUGCAAUCUCAUGGGAUCGCAGAACUCGAGCACAUUUUGCCAGCUGCCGAUUGUGUAUUUGAACAGCAUGAGAUCCCACUUCUUCAGAGGUUUGGCGACACGGCACUUGAUUCCGAAUCUCCCGGUUCCAGAGAGCCCACGGUACAGAAACUGGAUUUCUGUCCCUCUUGGAGAGGAUCGAAAGAAAAGAAGCCAUCGCAGCAAGCAAAGCCAUCCAGCCUUCCCUUAAUACUGAAGCAAGUCAUGAGGAACAGUGAUAGCCUUGAUCGUAGACCAAGUGAAACCUACAUACGUGGUCGGAGCUCCAGGAUGGGUCAUCACCUCAAAGACGACAACAGCGACGAUUCGCUGCUGCAGCUUCACAGCAACCGGACGACGCACCGACAGGCUGCGGAAGCUUUUGCAGUACGGGAGGUCGGUGGCACAACUCCCGAACUGAAGGUGUCCCCUAAGUGGGUGACGCAGAAAGAGGCAGAUGCAACGACCCCAGUCCUGGAAGAUUUCCUUGCAAGACCUCGGAAAGAGUGCCCAAAGGGAGCCGGAUUGACAGCUGUUCUCACGGAAAGGUUUGGUGCCCAAACUCCAGAACUGACGGUGUCCUCUGAGUGGACGACACAAAAACAGCCAGUUCCACCGACGCCGGUCCUGGAGGAUUUUCUUACAAGACCUUUGAGGGAAAAUGGUUUGGCGUGGAAGAACAUUAGGCCGUGAUACUUUCCAUGUGCCACCAGCCAAACAGGAUUGAGUUCCAGGAGUGGCAUGCUUUAAUUAUCUUACCAAAUGUUGAUACUGUCUCUGUUGCCACUUGGCUUUUAGGGAAUGUCUCGUUUAUCGAAUUGGACAUGUUGUCUGAUGAUGAUCAACACUUUAUGCUGAUUUCUUUGUGCAAAUAAACGAUGUCCAUCUAUACAGUGCAAUUGU